AUGUUCCCAUUGACAUUUUCUUUGGUUUAUUCUCUAAAAUUUUCACUGGAUUUCUUUGCUCAAAAUAUUUCUUUGAUCAUUUCAGUUAUUAUUUCGACGUAUCACUUCUGUUUUUCCUCUGAGCCACCAUUCAGUUAUCUUUCCUCAGAUUCUUUCUUUUCGUUCAUUUUUCUUUCUUUUUUCUUCCUUCCUUCCUUUUAUCUAUCUUUUCUUUUUUUUUUCUUCUUCUCCUUUUUCUUUCUUUCUGCAGUUUUUUCUUUCUCUUUUUCUUCCAAUUUUCCUUCUCUUAGUAUUUUUAUAUUCUUUAUAUGGUUGUUCGAUUUCCUUUCUCUCUUUCUUUCUUUCUUUCUUUCUUUCUUUCUUUCUUUCUUUCUUCCUUUCUUUCUUUCUUUUAUUCCUUUAGCCUACUCUUUUAUUUACAAGAAUCUGAAAUGUCUAAAUUCUUCCUUCCUUCCUUCCUUCCUUCCUUCCUACCUUUUUUUUUUCUUUCUACUGCUUGUCUUUGUUUUCCAAUUACUUUUUUUCAGUACUUUUUUCUUUCUUCAUAUGUUUGUUCUCUUUUUCUUGCUUGCUUGCUUUUUUUCAGUUAUUCAUUCGACUGACCGUUUUUCUUUUUAUCUCCGUCUUCGCUCGUUUCUUCCUUUCUUUCUUUCUUUCUUUCUUUCUUUAACUCAUUUAUUCAUUCAACCUAUUGUUGUUCUUCUUUUUCCGAUUUACCUUUCAUCCGCCAACUUCUAG